CUGACGUCAGCGCCGGGCCCCAUAUAGCCCGGCCCGCCCGGCCCGGCCCAGCACUUCCCAGCCUCCAGCCACAGACCAGCCAGACCCGAUGGAGCCGCCCGCCGCCGCCUGCCCCCCGGACCCCGCCCGCGCCGCGCCCGUCCCCCGCUGCUGGAGCGCCCUGCUCACCGGCUGAGCAGCCCCCGAGGGAACUGCGACUCCCAGCCCUGGUCGAGAUGCUCCGCGUCUUGUCCCCGCAGCCGGGCGGCCUCCUGAAUCCGCUCGCCCGGGCUGCGCCGCCACUCCUGGGCUCCCGGCGUCGCCUCCCCACGGCCAUGAGGAGGAGGAGGAGGAAGAAGAAGAGCCGUGGGCCAGCCCGCCCACGCCGCGGCUUGGCCACCCCGCUCCUGGCACAUCAGGAAGCCCUGGAGAAAGAAGAGGACUUUGCAGCUGGUCCCACUGCGUCCCAGGGGCCAGCCCCCCGUCAGAGAGAAGGGGAGAAUUCAGGGGGGCACCCCCAAGCUCCUUCUGGGUCCCAUGACCGGGAGGAGGGAGCCAGCUGUGGGGAAGGCCCCAAGCGCUGUGGGGAAGAGGCCACAGCCCGGCUGGAGACAGAGGAACACCUGGAGGAGGUUGGAGAUGGUCAGAAGCAACCUCCGGAUAGUCCAUCCUGGUCCCCGCAGGACAGGGAAUUUCACGGGGCCGGUGGGAAACCUGAAGGAGGCCCCAAGCUGCCUGGGGGAGACACCCCCAGCUGCCCGCAGAGUGGCCCAGACCUGGGGCACGCCGUCACUAGGAACCCCCAUGUCUGGUCCUUGUUCUACUGCCCAUCGGAGGAGGACGACGAGGCCGGGGACUGGCCCAGUGAGGAGGAGGGAGAUGAUGGAGAGGGCUGCUCCGGCGCAGACUGGCCCGAUUCAGAGGAGGAGCCAGAAGAGGACGCCAGGUGUGAGGAGAACAAGGCGCUGUGGGGGGCCCUGGGCUGUGGCCAGGACCCCUUCAACCCGCUCCGCUGGGCCGGAGCCCCCUUGGGCUCCACCCCGCCACGGCCCAAGGACCAGAAAUUCCGGGUUUCCUUCUACCUCUGCGGGCUGACCUCGGAGGCUGAGAAAGUGGGGGACCCCUGGAAACCCCCUGAGAAGCCCUGGCCUAUGAGACGGGGGGUCCCCGGUAGGACUCACUGCUGUGAGCUGGGAUCCCGGGGAGCCGGGGACCCCGUCAAGGCGGAGACCUCUGACUUGGAGGGUAACCGGACAGCUAAGAAGGUUCGAUUCUCCCCCGUUGUCACUGUGCACCCCCUGCUGGUCUGGCCCUUUGCCAGCCGGGCUGCCCGCCGGGGGCCCUGGGAGGAGCUGGCCCGGGAUCGGAGCCGUUUUCGCAGGCGCAUCGAGCAGCUGGGGGCCAUCCUGGAGCCCUGCCUGGACCCGGGACACCGGGCCCGAGCCUGGAGGAAGAUCCACGGGGCAGGACAGGAGAUGCCCAUCCCCCUCCAUGAGGGAAAGGAGAACCCGGGGCAGGGGUUGUGGGACGUGUCUCUCCAGCUCUGCUCUGAAAGGACGGAGGACCCAGGCAUCCGGGAGAGUCAUGCUGGGAAGCACACGCCCCUCCCCUCCGAUUAUAAGGGAGUGGAGGACCCAGGCAUCCGGGAUGGAAGACUGGGCUAGGCCACAGACUCUGUCCCCACUGGGACGGCUGCCCUGGUGGCCCCCCCUCCCCCCAGUGGUGAUUGAAUUAACCCUUCUGGCUCCUGAGCCAGGCUCCCAUCCGCUGCUCUGGGAGCAGGUCUAGUGGCUGGGAGCCAGGACUCCUGGGUGUUCUCCCUGGCUCUGGGAGGGGAGUGAGGACUAGUGGUUAGAGCGGGGAGGAGUGGUAGCCAGGCCUCCUGGGUUUCUUUGGGGAUGACACCCGUUUACCUACCUCAAUCUCUGACCUGUGUGUGCUCCGAUCUGUUGUCUAUUUAUUACCAUGUUAAAUUAUUUUCCGGCUGGUCCAUCCUGCCUCAGAGGGGACUAAAUAUUUAUUUUUAUAUCAGGAUGGGGGGGAUGGAUUUCUCAAGAAGCCAUGGCCUCUUCCUUGUAUUUAUGAAUCUCCUUGGUAUUGUAUUCACCUGCCGUCCUGACUCUGGGCUGCUUUUUAACUGCUCCAAGUCUGUUAAUAAAAGUUUAACACAUGGC